AUGGCAACCAUAAUUGAGCAAUUUCCUGAAGAUCAUCCAAACAUCAGGCAUAUCUACAAUUGUAGAAGUGAAAUUAGAAUGGAGGAGUCUGAAGGAAGAGGAGUGGUUCAACAAUUUCUGCAUUUGGCUAGAGAGAGUCGCUACAUUUACUGGGUUAUGGUUGAUGACAUCGGCGUUUUACAGCAUACAUUCAUGGUGCAUCCGAUCAUGUGCAACUUGUUACGCACAUAUUCGUACGUGAUUGGUAUGGACUCUACAUACAAGACAAACAGAUACGGCAUGCCAUUCUUUGAGAUAGUUGGGGUUACACCGAAAAAUCAAAAUUUUCUUAUUGGAUAUGUCUUCAUGAGAAACGAGACACAGGCUAGUUAUCGAUGGGUGCUUCAGAGAUUGAGGGAUUUGAUCGGAUACCAACGGGAGCCAUCAGUGUUCUUAACUGACCGUGAGCUUGGACUUUGUGCAGCAUUGAAAGCUGAGUUUCCCCACACUAUGCAUUUACUCUGUAGGUGGCACAUUAAUAAGGACGUCGAAGCUUAUGUGACUGGAUUGUUCAAGGACAAGACGGUGGGUGCAAAGUUCAAAAAUGGUAGAUGGAAUCGAGUCAUGAAUGUUACAUCUGAGCCGGAAUAUGAGUUAGCCUUGCAGAGAUUGAAAACAAGUUGGCUCGGUAUCCGAAAGGUUGAGAGUCUGCACUCGACAGUCAAGAGUUGGAUGGAAUCAUCAACUGGUUCUUUGGAUAAGGUAUGGGCUCGAGUACAUUGCCAGAUUGGAAAUCAGAUUGUUGGAAUACGUAACGCUUUAGAGGCUAGUAGAUCUAAAGUAGGUGAGAAGUACAGGCACAUGCCGUUGCAGAGGCUGAAUAAAAAGGUUUCUCAUCAUUGUUUGUUUGUUCUUUACGAUGAGAUACAAAGAAUGAGAGGGUUAAGUUAUGAGGUGCAUGAGCGUUGCGGUUGUGCUCUACGGAUCACCCAUGGGAUACCAUGUGCUUGCCAGAUUCAUGAUUCAAUGCGUGAUAAGAAGGGGUUGUAUUGCAGCCAAAUUCAUCCAUUUUGGCAGAGCCUUGUCAUUGGUGAUGGUGUUGAUAUUCCGGAAUUCGUCGACGAGUCGGCAGAAGAAGCAGCACAUUUUCGUUCACUUGUCGACGAGGUUUUGGCUAGUGACCCUGUUACAGUUCGAAAUGUUUCUCGCAUCAUUGAAGAUGAAAUGCAUCCGAAUCAUUCAGAUCUUGAAGAGCCAGAAGUGAAUCACUCAACACGGGGUCGUCCACGGGAUCAUUCAACUAGGCGUAACCGUAGCCAUUUUGAGAAUGUUGAGCGUAACAGUAGCGGUAGUAGAGGGAGAAGGCCGAGCCAACAUAGUUCAAGGUACGCUCACUUGCUUCCCGGACCUAUAUUGCCUUACAUAACCGGGUGGAAUGAUGUCAUUGGUGAUGGUAAUUGCGGCUUUCGUUGUGUUGCCGCCUUCUUCAUGGGUGAUCAAGAGCAAUGGAGGUUAGCUCGACAAUUCAUGGAUAAUGAGAUUACUGGUUAUCCGCACUUAUACAGGAGGAUUUAUUACGAGGCAGGUGGUUUGGAUUUUGAGAUACAACGUAUUCGUUGGAGCGGUGGCCCAUGUGGGGAAAGACAUUGGAUGGUAGCCUUUCAGGAUUUGUACGUAAUUGCUACCUUAUACAAUGCAACCGUGAUUUGUUAUGGCAUUGGACAGACACCAACGAGCUACUAUCCGUGCAUCACUGUGUUACCGUUGCGGGCCCCCGACAAUGGUACUGCACCAACUCGAGAGUUUGUUAUAGCAACUGUUGGUGGGUCUCAUUUUAUACUUUUGCAGCUUGACCAAAACCACCCGAUUCCCCCGAUUGCAAAUGUUUGGUACCGGGCUCGUGAACCUAGCGUUAUUGGAUGGGAGAAACGAUACCAACAUAGAAUUAGUUUGUGGGAAAGAUUAGUCGCAACUUGA